CCACACCUCGCAACGACGCCGGCAUUUCUCUGUUUCUCUGCGGGGCAAUGUCUGGGAGGGGGGUGUAGGAUCUGACGCCUUUCGUACACAGCCCGUAAUCGCGCCUGCAUAUCGCCGCAGCGCGCCCACGAGCCCCGAGCUCACCCCACACUCCAUACCGCGACCAUGGAGGCCUCCUCGUUUGAGCAGCGGCGCCAGGAGAUCCUCGCGAAGAAGGCCAAGCUCGCCGAGCUGAAGCGGCAGCGCGAGCUGCGCAAGGAGCAGGCCGGCUCGGGCAGGCAGUCCAGCACGGCGAGUCCGCUGGGCGAGGUGCUGUCGCCCACGCCGCGCCGCAGCCAGGACCUCGACCGCAGAGCCGACGUCGACAGCCUCAUCAACAACAUCCUCGGCGACCGCCGCCCCGGCUCGACCCAGCCCGGCUCGCCAGCAGUGCGCGCAACGCGACCGACGUCCGUAGUCAGCGCCGGACAGCUCAGCAGCGACAAUGAGCCUGCGUCGCCCGCACAGUCGCGCAUGGUCGAUGGCGAGUCGCAGACCAUCUCCUUUGGCCCGCUCGCCACCGUUUACGAGUCGGCCGGCGACGGGCAGGUCACCGCCGAGGCCAACACUCAGAAAGAGGUCAUCACCUACAGCAAGGGCGUGCAGGCAAGCAUAGACUGGAGCCCGCAGAAGUCACGAGGCGUGGGAGGCAGCGACACAGAACGCGACGAGAGCCCGACACGGUCACCACGCAGCAAGCGACUGAGCCGGAGACAGAAAGAGAGGGACGAGGAGAUCCGCGCCCAGCUACGGAAGGAGAUCGAGGAGGAGAUCAAGACCGCACAACAAGCGCCCCAAGACGGCACAGUGGCGAGCUCAGACGAGAACUACCCGUUCAAGACCCUCACCAACGAGGAGCUGACCGCGGUCGAGAACUCGGACGACUUCAUCGGCUUCGUGGAGAGAAGCACAAAGGUGCUAGAGAGGGCGUUGGACCAGCAGCUUGGAUACGACAUUCUGGCAGACUACGCGCUCGACGGCAUAGACAUUGGCGACGAGGACGAGGGCUACGGCACCAGCGCAGGCAAGAAGGGCAGGCGCAUCAAAGAGGUCGCACAGUUCUGGGACGAUCGAUGGAGCAAGAAGAGGAUGAUCUCGGAUCUAGGCUUCUCGCCAAAGUUCCCGGAGCUUGUCUUAGCCUCAUACACAAAGAAUCCCUCUGCUCCCCAUGACCCAGAUGGUUUGGUACAAGUCUGGAACAUGCACAUGCACGACCGGCCUGAGUAUAUAUUCCACGCCCAGUCGGACAUCCUCACUGCAAAGUUCUCUCCUUUCCACCCGAAUCUCAUCAUCGGCGGUGCAUACUCGGGUCAGGUCCUGCUAUGGGACACUCGUGCAAAGUCCACCCCGGUGCAGAAAACACCGCUGACAGGGUCUGGGCACACACAUCCCGUCUACUCGAUAGAUAUCGUCGGAACGCAAAACGCAAACAACAUCAUCUCCUGCUCGACAGAUGGUGUCGUCUGUGGCUGGACAGUGGACAUGCUUACCCAACCGCAAGAGUUCCUCGAGCUCACCUCACCACCACCGGCGAAGACUGACGACAUGGCUGUUACAUGUGUCGCCUUCCCGCAAUCAGACCCAACAUACUUCCUUGCCGGCACAGAGGAGGGCUCCAUCUAUCCAUGCCACCGCUACGAUCGCGCAGGCGCGAAGGCAGGCGUGGACGGACGAGUCAAGUACUCCGGCCACGCGGCUCCAGUGAUGAGUCUGGACUUCCACCCCACGAAGGGACAAAUCGAUCUCGGCGACCUCGUCCUGUCUUCCAGUGUGGACUGGAGCGUCAAGCUGUGGAAGGUCCGUCCACCAGCGGCCACCGGCUCAGGCAACGCCAUUCUUCCUGGUGCUACACAGCAAGUCACACCGGUCCUGGAUAUUGCGCGCGAAGACCUCGUCUACGAUGUACGCUGGUCGCCAGUCAAGCCUUCCGUGUUCGCACUCGUCGACGGUGCAGGCAGUCUUGAAGUCUGGGACAUCAACGUCGACACCGAAGUCCCUGUCCAGUCCAUCAAGCCGAGCGACGGCAAGAGGGGCGCUUUUGCGAACAUGCCAACAGGCAUGGGCUACAUGAACCGCAGUCUUAACAAAUUGGCCUGGGAGAGGACCGAGGGUCGACGCGUAGCCGUCGGUGGAAUGGACGGCGUCGUGACAGUCUUCGAGGUCGGCCAGGAUCUAGGCGGUGUUGAGACAAGGAACGAAGAGUGGAGCGGCGUGAAGAAGCUGGUGAACCGGCUGGAGGGCCAUGGCGACGGCGUCAAUGGCAGGUAGAGUCGCUUUUCGCCACCAUGAGUGCCCAUCGACCUCGGUCUGUUUGGUCAAGUCAUGGAGCAGGGUUUCUUUGGAGGAGUCGAUACUUGGUCAACAUACCCCUUGUGCUUUCAAAUAGACUUGCGCACACUGCACGACGGAACUACCAACCAGAAAUGAAAGUGUGUGUAAAGCUCGCGUCCUCUAUUUUCA